AGGAGCUUCACGCUGCGAUAAGCUCUCCGCCUAUUGCUACCCUUCCAACCUCCUCCCACGCGCAUGCACCAUGAAUUUCGCUCCUUACCAGGACGAAUCGCCCGAGGUGGAGCGCGCGUUCUCACCUGCUCUUUCGGAUGCAAACCAUUCUAGGUCUCCCGCCGUUCGAUCCCCUCGCAAUUCACCCCCAGUCCCCGGCUUCACCUCCGCAGGCGGUCUUCCGUCGCCUAACCAGUUCGCGAGUCAAGGUCAUAUUGAUACCAGUGGACACGGGAACACAGGGUUUGGGCAAGAUGUGGAGGGCGGGAGAUGGAAUCUAGGAGCGUUUGAAACGAGUCUGCCUAUCCGGAUGGACGUUGAAGCUAUGCUGGCAUAUCUGCUUCUUCCUCCAGCAGGCGGAGUUUUUCUCCUCCUAUUAGAGCACAAGAGUGAUUACGUUCGCUUCCAUGCGUGGCAGUCGAGCAUGCUAUUUACUGCCAUCUUCAUAAUUCACCUUCUAUUCGCAUGGUCCAGCUUUAUCUCAUGGCUGGUGUUCAUCUGUGAUCUUGCUUUGAUAGCUUUCCUCAGCAUGCGUGCCUAUCGAGAUGUUGAUACCCUCGACCACUAUGAGGUCCCGAUUAUCGGCCGGCUGGCCAACUCGUUCGUCGAUAAUGAGUAGGCUCUUCGCGUUGUCUGGAGCCUAUACCCUGACUAUCAGCCUUUACGUGCUGAAGGAUGUUUAGGCUUGCUGCCUGGCCCGUAAUCUACCAUUGUACAGUGUGUGACUUGAAUAGAUGCCUAAUGUAUGUCCUCUCCUUUGCCCUAUUGUUGGUGUAUAUAACGGUUCAGUUUCAUUCCCCAUUUAUUUGCCUGUGACUCUUUAGCAUGCUAUAAUGAAUUGGAUGUUCCUUGUCAACUUUACUGCUUAUGAAUUGUACAUAUAUGUAUAUAUAUAUAUAUAUAAUUGCUCACAAGGAAUAGAUAAUAUACUG